GUUUUUCUAAAAUGGUGGCGUGUGGUUGUGAAAACUGCCGGUUGUUGUUUUAAACCCUGUAAUAUUACAAACUAGUCUCCGGUUUAUAAACUAAAGGGAUUUUUAUUAACGUUUUUUGCGAAUUGUCAAAAAAAGAUCUGUGAUGGCAAAGCGGAUUGCUGAGAAAGAGCUGACAGACAGGAACUGGGAUCAGGAAGAUGAAGGAGAAGAGGCAGGAACGUUUUCAACUGCAAGUGAGGAAGUGAUGAAAAACCGAGCCAUUAAGAAAGCAAAGCGUCGAAAUCUUUCCUCAGAGGGAGAGAGUGGAGGAGCUUUUAAAAGCUUUAAGGGUUUCGCUCUGACCCCAUCAGCUCCAGUGUCUGGAGGAUCGUUCUCUGCAUUUGGGAAUGGGGAUGGAUUUAAACCCCUGUCUUCACUGACCAACGGCAGUGCUGCAUCUGUCACCCCAACUUUUGGUGGUUUCAACUCCCCUUCCACUGCCAAGGCAAACACUGGCACCUCAUCAUCCAAUGGCCCAGCCUCCUCCUCCUUAGACAGAGGUGACAUCAUGGCCAACGGCUCCUCCCCCAGCCUGCCUGUGUUCUCUGGAGGAAGCAGCAGCAGCAGCAGCAGUAAGGAGUACAAACGGCAGCUCACAGCCCUCAAUUGCUCUGUGCGAGACUGGAUCACCAAGCAUGUGAAUGACAACCCGCUGUGCGACCUCAACCCCAUCUUUCGCGACUAUGAGCGGCACCUGAGUACCAUCGAGAGCAAGUACGGCAGUGGUGCAGCAGGGGAGGAGCAGCAGCCAGGGAAAAAGACCACCACAAACACACCAUCGUCCUCCUCCAGCAGUAACGUUACACCGGCUGCUCCUGCUUUGUUCUCAUUCAGUAAGAACAAGGACAGUGCUACUCCUGAGAAAAACUCUGUUCCUCCUGGCGUUACAUUCAACUUUGGCCAGAAGCUGGACAGCUCCGUGCUGAGCUCAAUCAAGUCUGCAGGAGCUUCCGGGUUUUCGUUUUCUAGCACCACCAACUCCUCCACCACCGCGUCUCUGUUUGGUGCAGCAAGCACAGGCUCUUCUGCAGGCACCUUCUCUUUUACUGCAGCCAAGACUGAGGCAGCCAGUAACAGCCAGGCAGCAGAUGAGAAUGGAGCUGAUGAAGAAUCAGAAGAGCCUCCAGUGCCCGUAGUUAGAGAAAUCAAGGAGAAGGAUGCUUUCUACUCUAAAAAGUGCAAACUGUUCUAUAAAAAGGAAAACGAGUUCAAGGAGAAAGGAGUUGGUACACUGCAUUUGAAACUGGUCUCUGAGGACAAGCUGCAGCUCCUAGUGCGGGCAGACACAAACCUGGGUAACAUUCUGUUAAAUAUCAUGGUUCACUCUUCCAUGCCAUGCACACGGACAGGGAAAAACAACGUCAUGGUGGUGUGUGUGCCAAAUCCCCCUGUGGACGACAAGAACGCCAGCACCCCCGUACCAAUGCUGAUCCGCGUUAAAACAGCAGAGGACGCUGACGAACUGCACAAACUUCUGCAGGAGAAGAAAGCGUGAGCGUCCUCCUCCCUGUCACAGACUCCUUAACCCCCCUCCCACCCCUGUAACGUACAUGUCACGUAUUGCCUGAAUGUGGUUUGCACGGCUGUAUGACAACACACACACACACACACACAUACACCUGACUCAUGCUUAUCCUUGUCCAUUUGAGCAGUCUUGACCUGCAUGCCAGCACACAUCCUUUGUGAGCAUUGGCAACAAAUCGAUUCAGAUACUGUGAAAUCCUUUGCGUAAAAAUGCUGGUUGAGUUUGAUGGUUGCGUUUGAAAUCAAACAGUACAUGCUGCUUACACCCUAAAGUAAACUAAAGUGAGGCUACAGGGUGUAAAAGCCUGCAUUCUGAACAUUCCAUCAGGUUUUUUUUUUUUUUCGCUGCUAUAAUUAAACAGAUAAGGGUGAAGCUGAGGAACUCUUUUUAUUAAUCUAGGAUUUUGUGCAGAUUAAAUAAAUUAGAUUUAAAAUUAGAGUUCUGCUUUAUACUUGGACCUUCCUGAUAAAAGAAUUAAUUUAGGGAGGAAUUAAAAGUAUUCAACUGGCUUAAUGCCCUCCUCUUCCCAAAAACAUAAACGUGUAUGGGACAUUUAUAACUCACAAAGAAUCCUUUAUUUUCUUAAAUUUUUAAGUUUUUUUUUUUUUUUUGCUAAUUAUUUGAUUGGAGGCAUGCAGGCAGAUAGAUAUUAAUGUUUUAACUUGUACGAGGCCUGAAUAAAGUAUUUGUUUUUA